CCGACUCAUCAGCAGAACGCGCACCUCUCCGAGCGGAAGUGCGCGAUUCCUCUCAGGUCUGUGGGCCCGAACUCGUCGGGGAUUUCUAUGGAAGAGAUGUCAGGAGAAAGCGUGGUGAGCUCAGCCGUGCCGGCGGCUACAACAAGGACCACCUCCUUCAAGGGUUCCAGCCCCAGCUCGAAGUAUGUGAAGCUGAACGUAGGAGGGGCUCUCUACUACACUACCAUGCAGACGCUCACCAAGCAGGACACCAUGCUGAAGGCCAUGUUCAGCGGCCGCAUGGAGGUCCUCACAGACAGCGAAGGCUGGAUCCUGAUCGACAGGUGUGGGAAGCACUUCGGGACCAUCCUCAACUACCUGCGGGACGGCGUGGUGCCUCUUCCAGAGAGCCGGCGUGAGACAGAGGAGCUGCUGGCCGAAGCAAAGUACUACCUGGUGCAGGGCCUGGUGGACGAGUGCCAGGCUGCUCUGCAGAACAAAGAUGCCUAUGAACCCUUCUGUAAAGUGCCCUUGGUGACAUCGUCUAAGGAAGAGCAGAGACUUAUUGCCACGUCCAAUAAGCCUACUGUCAAACUACUGUACAACAGAAGCAACAAUAAAUACUCCUAUACCAGUAACUCCGAUGACAACAUGCUGAAGAACAUUGAGCUGUUCGACAAGCUGUCUCUGCGAUUUAACGGACGCGUCCUCUUCAUCAAAGAUGUUAUCGGCGACGAGAUCUGCUGCUGGUCCUUUUACGGCCAGGGCCGGAAGAUAGCCGAGGUGUGCUGCACCUCCAUCGUCUACGCUACUGAGAAGAAACAAACUAAGGUUGAGUUCCCUGAGGCGCGCAUCUAUGAGGAGACGCUGAACAUCCUGCUGUACGAGUCUCAGGACGGCCGCGGUCCAGACAACGCGCUGCUGGAGGCCACCGGGGGCGCCGCGGGACGCUCGCACCACCUGGACGAGGACGAAGAGCGCGAGCGCAUCGAGAGAGUUCGCCGAAUCCACAUCAAACGAUGUGGACCCGACGACCGCACGCACCACCACCAGUGACCUCGACUACCCUGUUUAAACUUCAGCCCCUGACCCUGUGCCUUAAAGACCACCAGCGCUUCAGUUAUUCCUCCCAUCCAUCCACAUCCACAAACUACAACCGUACACGCGGCGCUGGAGAGUGACAGGAGGACACAAGUUCAAAAAUACUCCAAGUCUCGCCCUCAAGCUAUACGUGGCUGUAACGCCAAAUCCUUUGGGCUCCUCUUUAGCGUCCUUUGUCAGUGCUUCCUCCAUAUUUUCUUUAGGGAUCAUUGUUGUUUAAGAUGGAGAUGAUCUCUUAUCUUAGGUUUGGGAAGAAGUUGCCAGGUUCUCUAACUGAGGUUUCGGGAAUUCAGAAAGAGAACGUUUAGGAUUCUCUCAAUAAUCGAACAUUCAGUCUCAAAAAUGUGGACCUGAUCUAUUUAGUGCUUGACCAGAGACAUUCCCUUUGUGUUUGGCCCCAAUCUUGUGCUUUGUUCAGUGAAUGUAGCUCAUUUCCAUACAGAAAGAUUAGUACCUGAGCCUUAAGGCUCCCCAGAAACAGAGCUGUGAGCACUUUUGGGCUUGUUGGCUGUUUCUGAACAUGGGAAGCCGCUUUGUUGUUUAAAGGUUGUUGACGCCGUAUCAAAAGCUGGCGAGCUGCUGAUUUGGGCUCCUCACUGGGGCUUUAAAGUGGACAGUGUUAUCAUUUGGCAGGUUUUGGCAUGUUCUGUGUUGUGUCUAAUGACAGGAUCUUGUGUGAGGUUUGGGGUAUGUGUGAAAAGACUGUAGGGCCAAUAGAGUGUGUGUGUGUGUGUGGUGUGUGUGUGUGUGUGUGUGCGCGCGCGCCUUCGUUUGUUGGUGUUGUCUUAACUGCUCAGACUGAAAGCUGGUUUGUUUGUCAUGUUUAUUAGGAGUCUCACUGUGUUUGUGCGUCUUGCUCAUACCGAUGGACAGUUGUUGAGAGAUUUGGUUUACUUGGAUGGAAAGUUUACCUGGUUUAUGGUUUUUGAGAAAAGCGAUUUGAGUGGCGUUCCUGCUUCAGCCACCAGAGGGCAGCGUUGCGCUCCUCUACAUGAGAAAUGGCUCAUAUCAGAGAUGUCAGCGCAGUGUCUCUCGGACGCAGAGCUGCAAGAUUACGAGAUGAAGACGCGUCGCGUUUCACCACAUGAUGUUUAAUUAAUCGCAGGCGGGUAACGCUGUCGCUCCGCGGGUCUGCCUGGUGAUUAUGUUGGGGGUGGAAACUGAGACGGCGGCUUGUACGUGGCUGAUUUAGUAACAAAGGUAAAGGAUUAGGAGGGAACCAGAUACUGCAGGCUGUGCUGAAGGAGCGCUUCCUCAGAGCAGGAGGCAGGGAGGAGGUUCGUCUGCCACGUUUAGAGCGCAGGCCUGUGAUGCGUUGACAGAUCCACAUUCCUCGCGGAUCAGGCGGAUCAGAGUAAAGGCGCUGAUCCAGAACCAGCCCGUGCUCCAUCUGUAAUUCCAGUCAUUACAGCGAGACGAGACGAGCGAAGCUGAUUCAGACCAGCACUUUCACUCCGCGCAGUUCAGUAAAUGCAAAUUUAGCUCCUCUUCAUCACAUACUGUCACUUUUUGUCACUAGUUUUAUUAAAGACAUAUUUAGAAACGAGUAAUACAAUCUGUACAGAUGUGCACUUGAUUAAAAGUUUUACAUACUCUUAUAUUUAUACACACCUAAAUAAAGAUUUCUACAGAUUUCGUAGAUCAAACGU